UAAUGAUAAGCGACGAAUUGACUCUAGAAAAAAUAGAUUUUGAUUGGGUAAAUAGUCAAACAAAAGUUGCUCCUCUAAAAAAGGCACUUAAACUAUUAGAAUUAGAUGGAAAUUAUUAUACAGAUUUAAUUAAAGCUGUCGAAGAAAAAUUAGUUUCCAUAGAUCCAAAAUAUGCAAAAGGUAUUUUAAUAUUUAAUUUUUAGCAUCAGAAGUAGUUAUUGAUCCAAUUGUAAAGAAAUAAGCAUAAAUAGAUGUUGAGAAAUGGGCUGAGAAUCCAACUUUGGAAAAAAAUAAACGAUUGGCUGAAUAAGAGAAAAUUAAGGGAAAUGAAGCCUUGAAAUCAAAUGAUCUUAAAGAAGCUAUAAAUUAUUAUACUUAAUCUAUUUAAUUUGAUAGAUAAAUGGCUGCUUCAUAUUGCAAUAGAGCAUUAGUAUAUUUGAAACUUAAAGAAUAUUAAAAUGUUAUCAAUGAUUGUGAUUAUGCUAUUGCACUUCAAGCAGAUUACACAAAAGCUUAUCAUAGAAGAGGAAAAGCUUAUUUUGCUCUUAAAUAAUAUGAUAAAGCUUAUUUAGAUUUUAAGUACAUUUUGUAAGUUGAACCAGACAAUAAUGAAGUAAAUGGUGAAUUAAGAGAAUGCAGAAAGUUUUUGACAGAAUAAUAAAUAAAUUCAGCAGAAAGUAAUAUGAGAUUUAAACUUUAGAUAAAUAAUUUAUUGAGAAAUCAGGUGGUUUUAAGAAAGUUCAAAUAGUAGAAGAAGAUGAAGAGGAGGAAGAAAUACCUAUUUCUAAAUAAAAAUAACCUGAUUACAGUAAAGAAUAUAAUGAUAUUAUGAAUAAAAAGAAUGAGAUUACAAAUAGAAUACAAAAAGGAGCAUAUUCAUAGUCAAUAAUUGAGUUAAUAGAAUUAUUAAAAGAAAAUUAGAAAUAUGUGGAAUAAUAAAAAUUUAUAGAAUUGAGAGCAAUUUUAUUAAGUAAUUUGGCUUAUUGUCAUCUGUAAUUACAGGAAUAUUAGAAAGUGAUUGAGUAUUGUGGAAAUAUUUUAGAAGAUAAUAUUGCAUGGGAUAUAAAAACAAAAGCUUAUUUAAGAAGAGGAAUGGCAUAUGAAAGAUUAGAUAAGGUUGUUUUAAGCAAAUUAGAUUUCUUAAGGGUUAAAGAUCUAGAUCCAGGAAAUUUAUAAGCAUCAUAAGCACUUGAUAGACUAUCAAAGAUAAUGAGUUAAGAAGAAAAUAAUAAAGUUGUUAAAAUUAGAGAAGAAGAAUAAAAUAAAUAAGAAAUUGGAGCACAAUCUAAAAGAAUUGAACAACCUAUUAAGUAAUAAUAGGAAGAACCAAAAAAUAUAUAAAAAUAAUAGCCAGAAAUUACAAAGAAAGCAAUAUAAGAGGUAGAUAAUGGAUAAAAAUCUAAAUUAUCUGAUGCAGAAAUCUAAACUUAAUUAGGUAAACUAAAAGAAUAAGGAAAUACACAUUACAAAGCAUAAGAAUUAGAGAACGCUAUUUAAAUUUGGGGUGAAGGAAUUUAGUUUUAUGAAGCUAAUCCAGCACCUUCUUAAAUUUAACUUUAUUUCUAACUCUUAACUAAUUCUUGUCUUUGUUAUAGUUAAUUAAAUUAAAAUAAUUAAGUAGUUGAAUUAGCAAGUAAAGUUCUUGCUAAAGAUUUAAAUAAUCAAAAAGCCUUAUAUAGAAGAGGUGUUGCUUAUUCUAGUUUAGCUAUGAUAUCAGAUAAGUUAGAAGAAUAAAAUGAAUUAUUUGGAAAAGGAAGAGAAGAUUUAGAAAGACUUGUUUGUUUAGAUUCAGAAAAUAAAUAGGCAAAAGAUAAAUUAUCAGAAGUAUAAAAAUUACAUGCAAAUUGUAGAGGUAAAUUGAGAGAAAAAUAAGAUGCUCAACCAAAAUAAGAAAAAAAAGAUGAAUAAAAUAAUAUUUAAUAAGAGAAAUCAGAAUAAUAAUAAUAAGCGAAAAAUUAGUAAACAAAAUAAAAAAGUGUUAAUUAAUAAUAAAUAGAUUAAAUUGGAUAAAACCUAACAGUCAAUGUGAUUUAAGAUUUAUUGAAUAAGAAAUAAUAACCUGAAACUGCCACUAUAUUUGAAAAGAAUAUGAAUACAUUUAAAAAGGCAACUCCUCCUUAGAUUAUUGACUAUGUAUUUUAAGUAGAUAAUCUUUAAUAAUUGUAUGCUACUAAAGAUUUGCCAACAGAUAUAUUAUUUUUAGUAAUAAAUGCAGGUUUAGCUUUGAAAUAAGAUAAUAGUUAUAACAAUAAAAUACAAAGUAUUUAUUUUAAAUUAUAUCUUAGCUAUUUUGAGAGAUCGUCUUCCAAAAACAAAUAAAUUCAAUCUCUGUGUAAAUAUGAUUUCAAAAAAAGAAAAAGGAUAAAUAAAAGAAUUAUUAGAGUAUCAUUCACUAAAUGACUUGUUUAGUGUAUAUUAGAUAAAGUGAUAAAUGAU